AUGCCACCAACCCCGUCACAUUUCCGGCUUCCCAGCACGCGUCCAAGGAACAGCAAUAGAGGCCCUCAAUUCGCGUCCACUCCCCGCUUCCUGCUGUCCCAGAAUUUAUCAAGCCAAAACGUGAAUGAUAGCGAAGACAUAGACAUUUUCGAUGCAGACGAUUUGCCGUACUCGUCCCCGGUCGUGGUCAAAAGAGCUCCGCAGAGACCGAAGUUGACGGGAUCGGCAUCUCGACAGAAAGAGGUGAUCGAAGACUCGGAGGAAGAUGAACCUCCGCCACGCUUGGAACGAUGUCACCUACCUGCAGAAACAGUCCCCAAUGAGCCUAUUGAUAGUAGUCCGCCAGUGCUGCCUGCGGAGGCGUUAGAUGAUGAUUAUGAGAUGUUAUUCGGACCUGACACAGAGCGCACAAAGAGACGGCGGCUUUCCCCGAACCAUUCGUCAUCUAUUACUUCUUCUACUAAAACUGGGAGGCUAAAGGCUGAUCCAAUCUUGAUUUCUUCCCCGGAGCCCCCAUCGCCCUAUGCUAACCACCCCUCCUCUCCUGGCUGGUCACAGGCCAUUCCGCGCCGAAGGCAGGUGGCUGCACCGGCAGAAACGCCCGAAUCGUCAACUCCCGGAAACAUGAGAACCCCAAUCGGCGGCCGUCAUCGGUUCAUGCUUUCAGCGACACAGCAACAACCGGCUAGCCAUGUGAGCCCUCAUACCCCAGCACCCGCGUCUCCCCCACGGAAACAGAAGCCAGCUUUCAUCCUUCCACCCUCACCUUCCGUAUCCAGGGAACAAGAAAGCUCUCCAUCCCUGCUUACUCCGUUUUCACCUUCGUCGCGGAGACUGCAUCGUCAUGGCAGGCCGCGUGCCGUUGCCCCGAGUUAUCUCCCAGGCGGAAUGGCAGCAGAAGUGCGCAGCUGGAUCCUAGAAGUAGCAACAAAGCAGGAUCAGUUAAACGGUAGCUGGACGGGUUCUCGUUCUGCUGCUGAAAGCAGAUCUCCAGACAACGGCAACUACCUAAUGGCUGUUAAAGUCGAGGACGCUCGCCAAGGCGCCCUAAGCAACUCUGGCCCGGUGACGUUCAUCAAGGGUCGUCAAAUUCCCAUAAACAUGGGGACUGAAUUUGAUGAUGCGCAAUCUGGGCAUUUUUCGAGGAAUAUAGUCCUUCUUGGGCCGCCUUCCUCUAAACGGGCAGAUGAACGUUCAUCAGGCCAGACUUCCAUAGUAGGACCGAAAAGCGUGGUUGGUGUCCGUCGAAAUUUUGUCUGGGAGGUGAAAUUGAACGACAGCACCACUAUUACUGAGUAUGUGGAACCUGAAAAGGAUGUACGAGAAGAUAGAAUCUCCGUGGCGCCCGCGGAAAAGUGGCUUGUUGGCAUGGAAUGGGAUAUGUUAUGA